AGCUUUUACUUUCCGCAAUUAAAGUCGCCUGAAGGCUGAAACAAAGUUGAAAUAUCAUAACUCUUCGUUCAUUCUCAUAUCAUCGACCAUGGAAGCUCUCUCUACUUCAUCACUUUACAUCUCUAAUCUCCCCCACUUAAAAAACCCUCUCUCCAAAUCUUCACUACCUUCUUCUUCUUCUUCCCAGUCUUCAUGUUGUUGGUUACGUAAUCCGCGAAGAAUCCCGAAGCUGAGAAUCAGAGAUGGAUCAAGCCACGGCCUUCGUAUACAAGCUCUCUUACACAACAACGAAGAUGACGCCGAAAGUAAUGGCCUUGGCCUUUUUCCUGGUGAUGUCUUCUCUUUAUCACAGACAUCUCUUGCACUUCCUGAAGGUGCUGGUACUAAUAAUAGUGGGGGUGGAAACCGAGCUGGGCUUUUUAGGACUCCUAUAUCUGGUGGUGUUCAGAAUGCUACAUCAGCUCAUGCGUUGCCUCGUCCUGCUUUAGCUGUACGCAACUUGCUUGAGCAGGCUAGGUUUGCUCAUCUAUGCACGGUGAUGUCUAAGAUGCACCACCGUAGAGAAGGUUACCCGUUUGGCUCUUUGGUGGAUUUUGCACCUGAUCGGAUGGGGCAUCCACUAUUUUUAUUCUCACCGUUGGCCAUCCACACACGAAACCUCUUAGCUGAACCUAGAUGCAGUCUCGUUGUUCAGAUACCUGGAUGGAGUGGCUUAUCAAAUGCAAGAGUGACAUUAUUUGGUGAUGUGUACCCAUUGUCCCAAGAUGAACAGGAUUGGGCACAUAAGCAAUAUAGUGCAAAGCAUCAUCACGGACCUUCCGAGCAGUGUGGAAACUUUCACUAUUUUAGAAUGCACAACAUAAGUGAUAUAUAUUUCAUUGGAGGUUUUGGCACUGUCGCUUGGGUUGAUGUCAAAGAGUAUGAGACUUUACAGCCAGAUAAGAUCGCUGUUGAUGGUGGUGAGCAGAACCUCAAGGAACUAAAUGCCAUCUUCUCAAAGCCGCUUAGAGAGCUACUGUCUAUUGAAUCAGAAGUAGAUGAUGCUGCUCUCAUCUCUAUUGAUAGCAAAGGGAUAGAUGUACGGGUCCGUCAAGGUGCUCAGUUCAACGUACAAAGGCUAGCGUUUGAGGAAGGUCAUGGCGUUGAAACACUAGAAGAAGCUAAAGCUGCACUGCGGAAAGUGAUGGACAAGGUGAAGCUAAACUAUCUCCAGAAAUGACCAAGAUCCUGGAAUUUGCAGAAAUGACAAAUCCCCUUAUAUCUAGAGGGGCCUUUAGAAUUAAAAUGUUGUUUGAUUCCUUCUCCCACUUUCUGAACUAGCUUAAAUUUGUAGUUUCUUUACCCUCCUUUUAUAGAAUAACACAAGAUGUUUUGAUUUUUGCAAAUUGACACUUACAAGAGACCUCGAGUUACAUGUUUUUGAGAAGAGAACGUUGUGUGUCAAUAAGAAACAGAAGACAACAGUGAGAUAAAG